AUGGUUUCAGGUUUUUGGUCCGGUGUUUUGUGUGUUUUUUGCUUGGUCGUAGUCCAAGCAGUUUGGGCGGAUGAUUGUACAAGCUACUGGAACGCCAACGGUUACUUCUCCGAGGCUCAGCAGUGUGUCAAGUACUGCUGUGGGGACUGCAGGAAUAAAUACUGCUGCAAAAACAAGAAAGACAGCCUGACUGAAGGAGAGCAGCAACAAUGUUUAACAAACAGCAUCGGUUUGAUAGUGGGAGCCACGCUUGCUGUUGUUAUCCCUGUCAUCAUCUGUGUGGCCCUUAUCAUCUGCUAUGUCUCUCCUUCCUGUUUGAUCUACAAACGUUGCCGAAAAAGACGCACCCAGAGGCAGAUAGCUGUAACAAACACACCUCAGCCUCCACUCUCCACAUCUGGACAUCAGCCAGCCUAUGGGGACUAUCAGUCUGUGCCAGUGUAUGAGGAUCCGCCCAUACCUUCAGCACCACCUCCAUCAUACCUGGAGAUUACUGAGCCAGCUUACUCCCAAAUUCCUGAAGAUCAACCUUCCCACCCCCUCAGCCAGCCUCAGUCACCUCCUCCAUAUUCAGAUGCACUUGAACAUCUACCCUUCAACCCGUCUUAUGAACCACAGCUGUGA